UGUUCAACCAGAAGCAUCGUCCAACUAAGUAAGAUCGAAGCAAUCUUUGUUCCAUGUAUGUAACGGCUACAUUUUCGUAUUUAAAAAGCCUAUUGAACAUAGAACAACCUCUGUUCUGCAUUUAUUAAAAAAAACCAUUCAAAAUUGUCUUUCAAGAUGCCUCCAAGAGCUGUAGCAAUCAAGAAACCCGCCAAGAUGGACAGUGAUGAAGAAUUCCAGUCUCGCCCUAGACGAAAAAUGAGCUCAAGAAUGAAGAUGAAAGCCCCCGUUUCAGAAUGUUCCUGGACGAAGGAGGAGGAUGAAAAGCUUAAGAAGACUGUUCAGAUGUACGAAGAGAGUGACUGGAAGAAAAUAACUGCUUGCAUUGUGGGCAAGACUGAUGUACAGUGCUUUCAACGAUGGCAAAAGGUUCUGAACCCUAAUCUUGUGAAGGGCUACUGGACUAAAGAGGAGGAUGAGAAGCUAACUGAGCUGGUAGAGAUGUUUGGGACAAAGAGGUGGGCGGCCGUUGCCCGUUCAAUCCCUGGUCGAAUUGGCAAACAGUGCCGCGAAAGGUGGUAUAAUCAUCUGGAUCCGAGUAUUAAGAAAGGAGCAUGGACAAAAGAAGAGGAGAGAAUCUUGGCGAGAUCUCACCUCAAACUGGGCAACAAAUGGGCUGUCAUUUCUAAGCUCCUUCCUGGCAGAUCAGAGAACGCUGUAAAGAACCAUUGGAAUACUUCCUUGAAGAGAAAGGCUGCAAGAAAAUCAAGUGAGGAGGAGGAAGCUGAGAGUGUCAGUUUAUCAGAGGAACUGCCUGAGAUGAGCUCUAGCUCUGAUUAUUUCACGGACUUUGAGUUGACCUAAUCAUUUGCAGAUGUAAACAUUCCGAUCGACUCAAAAAGGAGGGCCAGCAUCUAAGCGAUCCAGUGGGAUGUAUUAUGAUUGUUAAUGUGGAUUAGAGUAUUAUGAUUGUGAUGUAUUAUGUUACAUUUUAAAAGAGAGAUUCUCCUGCAAGCUGUGUUGUCUUUAGAUCAAUAAGAUGACAGAUACAUCCAAUGAAAGGUUCUCAAGUUUACCAGAAGGACUAUCUGAGCCUCUGAUUGAACCCAAGCAUUCUGAUGAAGCUUUGUAAACUUAAUAGCCAUUGAAAACUUCUGCUAAUGGUAUGUACAAUUGAUGUAGGAGUGUUCUAUUGUUGUACAUUCGAUUGUAUUGUAAUUAAGUAAUUCAACUACAAGAUAGUUGCCAAAA